AACUAAACAAACUAGAUCUCCACCGGUUUCUCUAAUUAGUAGCUAGACAUAGUACCAGUACCUUCUAGUCCUUCAACUCUCUCCGCCAACCCAGAUGGGAAGUCUCCCGCUUGACACCUUCCAGCUCCUAGAUCCUGAUGUCCUUGCCAAUGAGUCUCGUGUUGUGGUCGACUUUAUAGCCGACUACUAUCGAGACAUCGAGCAAUUACCGGUUCGAAGCCAGGUAGAGCCGGGAUACCUUGGCAAGCGUCUCCCUGAUUCAGCUCCUUAUCUCCCCCAGUCCAUUGAUGCCAUCCUCGAAGAUAUCCGCGAGGAUAUCAUCCCUGGUCUAACCCAUUGGCAGAGCCCGAACUUUUAUGCCUACUUUCAAGCCAACGCGAGCACUGCCGGGUUUCUCGGUGAGAUGCUUUGCUCUGGCCUGAACGUUGUGGGGUUCAAUUGGAUCUCAUCACCAGCUGCCACCGAGCUUGAAGGUAUUGUUAUGGAUUGGAUGGGGAAGAUGCUCAAGCUCCCAUCUUCAUUUUUAUUCUCGUGUGGUCAAGGUGGCGGUGGUGUUUUGCAUGGCAGCACAUGCGAGGCCGUGGUGUGUACGCUAGCAGCAGCACGCGACAAGGCCUUGAGCAAGAUCGGGGCGGAUGGUAUCACAAAAUUGGUGGUGUAUGCCUCUGAUCAAACACACUUCACCGUUCAGAAGGCGUCCAAACUCGUCGGCAUCCCACCAUCCAACUUCAGGGCAAUCCCGACUACAGCUGCAUCAGGCUAUGCACUGACUCCUGAUAGUGUUCGGUCCGCCAUGGAGGCCGACAUUGCCAAAGGGUUGGUGCCCUUGUACCUGUGUGCCACGGUCGGUACCACCGCUGUGGGAGCCGUGGAUCCGUUGCUAGAGCUCGGCAAAGUUGCAAACAAAUAUGGUGUUUGGUAUCAUAUUGAUGCAGCUUAUGCUGGCAGUUCGGGUAUAUGCCCUGAAUUCCGGCAUUACUUUGAUGGUGUGGAGCUUGCCCACUCGAUCAGCAUGAAUCCCCAUAAGUGGUUCCUCACCAACAUGGACUGCUGCUGCCUAUGGCUUAAGAGCCCUUCGGCACUGGUGGAUUCUCUAUCUACCAGUCCUGAAAUAUUAAGGAACAAAGCCAGUGAUGCCAAGAUUGUGGUGGACUACAAGGACUGGCAGAUUGCACUGAGCCGGCGCUUCCGAGCCAUGAAGCUGUGGGUGGUCAUCCGGAGGUAUGGCGUGGCGAACCUAAUGGAGCACAUACGGAGUGACGUCGCAAUGGCUAAGCACUUCGAGAGGCUGGUAGCGAUGGACCAGAGGUUCGAGGUGGUGGUGCCUCGGAAAUUCUCCUUGGUGUGCUUUCGACUAAAGCCAAGGUUCGAAGGAGAUGAUGCUUCGGACCUGAACCGAAGGCUCCUUGAGGCAGUGAACUUAAGUGGGCGAGCUUUCAUGACGCAUGCAGUGGUGGGCGGCACGUACAUGAUACGUUUUGCAAUUGGAACCACCCUAACGGAGAUGCGGCAUGUUCAGGCUACAUGGAAGCUCAUUCAAUCCAAAGCCGAUGAAAUAAUAGUCUAGGGUCUACGCAACAAAUUUGCUUCUCCAAAUGGUCUACCUUAGUUUCUUUCACGAUCCUGGUAUACAUA